UUGCUAGCUUGCUGGUGAAGGACAGAAUAAAUGCUGCAUCUCUUUUUUAUUAUAUUUUAUGCUGUCUACAGCUGGCAGCCUCCCAGCCCCACAUGCCAGCUGCCAGGCGGAGGAAGCGGGGAAGCCGACCAUCGGCGAGCACAAAGCAAGGCAACAUUGUUUGGAGCUGCAGCACUGGGAUGCCAUCCCGCUUGCCAACAGCACGCAGAGACUUCUGCAAAAUCCCCCGCUCAGCCCUGCUGCUCUCCAACAGAACCCAAGCAAUGGGGAUCCUUGGGCUCGUUUUAAUCUUCAUCUCCCUGAUCGCUCACGGGCAUGCACAUGGGCCGGACAGCUGUAACCACGAAGGGGGCUUGUGCCGCGUGGGGAACUGCAUCCCUGGCGAAUACCUGGCCAAGUACUGCUUCGAGCCCAUCAUUCUCUGCUGUAAAAGUCUGCCACUGACCACCGUGAAGAGCUGAAGGUGGCCAAAAGAGCAAGCUGCAGCACGUGGAGAGCUGCAGGCUCUGCUGGUGAGGAACAGGCUGCGGCUGGGGAGGAAAUCCUGUGCCUUUCUAUGGCUGUGGCUUCCCUGCUCCAGCUCCCUGAGGCUGUGCAUUCGCUUGUGGACUUCUCAACACAUCUUUUUUUCCUUUCACUGUGACUUUUUAAUGCCGCCCAGGUUAUAUAUCUGCCCCUUUUGUCAUCUGGUUGUUACCUGUCAUGCCCAGAUGAGGAACUGCCUUUCUCCUUACCCCGAAACAAUAAACCUGAGGUUUAGCAGAAUGAGUGCCCGUCUGUGACUGCGGCUGGCACCCAGCACAGCCGCUGCUAGGGACAUGCUCUGCCACUCUCCAGGAGGGGAUGCAUCCUUCUUCUCCAUCACUUUCAGUGCAACAGAUAUAGUAGGGGUGUCCUGGGUUCAUCCCUCUUCCAUGAAGCAGCAAGAGGAAGGAAGACACCAGGCUUGCUUGCUUUAAGUGGAGGAAGAGAUACGAAAGUGAUGCAGUGUUGCCCUUGGCUGGUCUCCUCACCUGUAGGCUGCAUUUCUGGUGCUCCUCCCUUUCUCUGUAGUCACCCAGCAACGUCUCAAAGCAAUUAGAAUGUUUGCACCUCAUGCAAUCAUUAAAAAAAAAUAAAUCAGAUUUUAUGCAGCUUUCUGCACGUAA